AGUACACGAAUAUUAUAGUGUAUUUAAUUCGAUUAGAUUAAAUUCAGUAAACGAUAGCUGUACAGUACUUUUUUGUUCUAUAGAACUAAUUCUUAACGUUAAAACUUUGUUUUUGUUUUCUUAUUACAGAAGUAGCAGCGCCAUAAGAGAUUAUAUUCUCUACGACCAUCAAAAUACUUCUGUUAUCUUUCAACGUCUUCAAGACUACAUGAUGUCCCCAAAUAUUUCACUAGCUGUGCUUGAGGAGGUACACACUAAAGUGCAGGCAAUACUAUCGUCACAGGAUAACAAAGUUUUCACCAACGCGGGCAUCACUGACUACGUCUGGAUGCAAAAUCUGCAGCACAACCUGAAAAUGUAUGUUUCACCUCUUCUUUUGGUCAUCGGUCUGAUUGGAAAUAUACUUUCGUUCGUGAUCCUGAGGCAUGACAAAGAGAAGAAAAUGUCCAUCAAUGCUUAUUUGUCGGUACUAGCUCUGGCGGACAUCAGUGUGUUAAUGUUUGGGUUGCUCUCCACAUGGGUUCAUGAAGUGAGCGGUGUGGAUAUCUUCAGAAGUGUCGAUAUCUUGUGUAAAAUUUGGAAUGUGAUUGCAUUUACUUCCAGUAUAUUCUCUGUGUGGUUGAUAGUUGCCAUUACUGCGGAGCGAUUUAUAGUCGUCUGCUUUCCUCUGACUGCACACAGAAUUUGCAACAAAAACAGGGCCAAAAGAAUCAUAACUUUUCUUCUGAUUUUUAGCCUUUGCUUUAAUGCACAUUUCCUCUUCACAACGGGGAUGGUCGAAGUUGACAAAGGUAGAGUUUGUGACGCCUUAGAUGGUUACAAAAUAUUCAUCAGAAAAGUCUGGACCUGGGUUGAUGCAACCAUAUAUUGUCUUCUUCCUUUGCUUGUCAUUUCGGUGCUUAACUCGGCAAUCAUUUCAAAAGUCUUCUCCGCAAAGAAAAAGAGACAGUCACUACAACAUCCAAAUCAUCCAAAGCGCAAAACAUCCACUGCUUCGGAAAACACUAGGUGGCGUGACAUUAAAUUGAAUGUAAUGUUACUGACUGUAUCAAUUACUUUCUGUAUAUCUUCCACUCCGAUGGUUAUCUUAAUGGUGACAGAGGUUCUAUUCCAAGAGAACGCAUCACCCAGAAAAUCAGCGGCACUGCUUCUUGCGCGAACAAUCUGCGAGCUGUUGAUGUACGUCAACCAUUCCAUUAACUUUUGUCUGUACUGUAUCAGCGGGCAGAAUUUUACUGAAAUAUUUUUGAAAUUGAUUACGUUUAGAUUUAGGUAUCAAUCCUUAUCACAGUCUUCAUAUAGGAAGAAGUCAAAUAUCAUGAUAAACAUCAAAGAGACGGAUUGUUGAUGAUACUUGUUUUACAAUGUAGAAUCAUUUUAACAAGAGCUUGGACUUUGGGUAGUUGUGUCAAACGGCAAUGUGACGUAGGCCUGUCUAUUUCAUUGUAUGUCACUCAGCCAUGGCGCUUUGAAAUCAAGAAGAUUUGUCUGGCUUUCGAGCGAAAGUUACGCAAUCGAAGUAUAUUUCGUUUGAAACCAGCGUCAUUUUAACUUAUUUUGACGCAAUAAAUAGAUAGUCACGUCCUAUUGAAAGUCCAAGUUAAAAUGGUUCUAAAUACUAGUUCAUAAAAUAUUCAUUAACCACAUUAUGGUUAGAAAAAUAAUUGCUCAAAAGUUCAACUGUAUAUGCGAGAUUGAAAAAUUAUGAUAUGAAAAUAUCAUCUUUGAUAAUAAGAGAAGAAUGAAUUGAACUUGAAAGUGCCUGAUGCCAUUGCAUACUGUACAUGUAUAAGCAAUGAAUUUUGGAAUUUCUGUUGAAAUGUAGUAAAGACAUUAAUUGUGGUCCUUAGGUAAGUUUUUAUGCUGAUACAUGUAAUGUUGUGCAGAUUUAGUUUUCAAAAUGAACUUGAAUGAAGAGAGUUUUAUAUGAAAAUUCAA